UCUCCCCGCGCCCCGCUCCUCCCCCUCGCGCGCCGCAAAGCAGCCUGGGGCGACGGCGGCGCGCGCCGUGUGUGAGGUCAUCGCGCGCGGCCGGAAGGAGCGGAGCGGUUGUUUCCGUUACGGGCGGCGGAGGGCCCCGCGGCGGCGCCGGGGCGAGCGGAGCGGGGCGGAGCGCAGCGGCAGUAGCUGUGGCCGUGGCCAUGGCCGUGGCGGCGGGGAAGGCGGCGGACGAGCCCAUGGGGCGGACGGCGGAAGAGGUGGCCUGGGCGGAGGCGCUGCGCGGGGCCUGCGAGCCCGAGCACCACUGGCGGCACCGCCGGGAGUUCCUGCUGCGCAACGUAGGGGAGCCGCCGGCGGCGGGCAGCCCCCAGCUCCAGCGCCUUGUGUCCCUCUCCAUGGUGUGGGCUAACCACGUCUUCCUGGGCUGCCGGUACCCGCCGCAGGUCAUGGAGAAGGCGCUGGAAAUGGCCGAAGGCAUCCAAGUGACCGACGCGCCUGUCCGCACCACGAGAGAUGAACUGGUUGCCAAGGUGAAGAAAAGAGGCAUAUCAAGUAGCAAUGAAGGGGUAGAGGAGCCCCCCAAGAAGCGAGCUGUUGAGAAAAGCAAAGAUUCUAAAGAUACUGGAAAAGAUGUGAAAACCACCAAGGCAGAAGCCCCAAAGGAAACGGUGAGCACAUUGCUAAAAAAGCAGGAAAAAGUUACUAGCAAAGAUGCAGAAAACUCCCGGUCGACUUGCAGUUCAAAUCAAGAAACAGUCACAGCAUCAGACAAAAAACCAGAAGGAAAACCUGCUAAUGCUGAAAAUACCACUGAGAAAAAGCUAUCCUCAUCUGAAAGAGAGUUGGGAGAGAAGCUUUGCCCAGAUGAACCUAAGGAAGGCAAGAGUGAAAAUGUGCCAUCGCCUGAAAAGAAAAUUACCGUAAGUGCAGUGCCAGCGGCUGCCAAGAGUGCCCCGCAGGCAGAGGCACAGCCAGCAGCUGCCAAGAGUGCCCCGCAGGCAGAGGCACAGCCAGCGGCUACCAAGAGUGCCCCGCAGGCAGAAGCACAGACAGCGGCUACCAAGAGUGCCCCGCAGGCAGAAGCACAGACAGCGGCUACCAAGAGCACCCCGCAGGCAGAGGCAGUGCCAGCAGCAGCAGUGCCACUGACCGCCAAGAGCACCCCACAGGCAGAGGCAGCAUCAGUAGCAGUACCACCAGCCACCAAGAGUACCCCACAGGCAGCAGCAGUGCCACCAACCACCAAGAGCACGCAACAAGCAGUGACAGUGCCGCCCACCACCAAGAGCACCCCGCAGGUAGCAACGGUGCCGCCAACCACCAAGAGCGUCCCACAGGCAGCAGUGGUGCCACCGACCACCAAGAGCACCCCGCAGGCAGCAGUGGUGCCAUCGACCACCAAGAGCACCCCACAAACAAGUGUUACAUUGCUGUCUUCCAAAAACCAAGCGAGUGUCCCAGCACUGGCCCCCAAGAGCAGUGCUCAGGCAGGCAGCUCGCUGCUGCUGGCUCCCAAGAGCAGUACUCAGGCAGGCAGCUCGCUGCUGCUGGCCUCCAAGGGCACUGCUAAGGCAGGUUCCUCACUCCUGGCCUCCAAGAGCAGCGCUGAGGUGGCUGCCUCACUGCUGGCUGCUCGCAGCGGCACUCAGCAGGGAUCCUCGCUGCUGACUUCGAAGAGUAGUGCUCAGGUGGCUGCUUCGCUGCUGGCCGCUCGCAGCGGGGCUCAGCAAGGGCCCUCAUCACUGGCCGCCCGGGGUGGAGCUCAGGCAGGUGCUUCCCUGCUGGCCUCCAAGGGUGGCACACAGGCAGGUUCGCCACAGCUUGCCUCCAAGAGCGGCUCACAGGCAGGUGAAACUCCCACUAAGGCUUUGUGCAAACCGUUAACCAGUGAAGAUGCAAAGGAAAGGCAACCUUUUUUCAACAGACUGUACAAAGCUGUAGCCUGGAAACUGGUUGCCGUUGGAGGCUUCAGUCCUAACGUAAAUCAUGCAGAACUUCUGAACUCGUCCAUUCAGUCUGUAAAAGCUACAUUAGAUGUUGCUUUCGUUCCCCUGAAGGAACUCGCAGACUUGCCUCAAAAUAAGAGCUCUUUAGAAAAUAUCGUUUGUGAACUGAGGUGCAAGUCUGUCUACUUGGGUACUGGCUGUGGUAAAAGUAUGGAAAAUGCCAAAGCAGUUGCUUCAAGAGAAGCUUUGAAAUUAUUCCUCAAAAAGAAAGUUAUUGUGAAGAUCUGUAAAAGAAAAUACAAAGGCAGUGAAAUUGAAGAUUUGGUACUUCUGGAUGAAGAAUCAAAGCCGUCCAAUUUACCUCCAGCUUUAAGAAAUCCUCGUGAGAUCUUGUAGGGGAGAAUCGCUCUUUGUACUGUGUAUAGUAUUUUGAUGCAAGGACUGAAGGUUAAUUUUGUACUUUAAAAACGUAGGCUUCCAGAGAUUUUGUAUUUCUUUCUCAGUUUUGCAAGACAAUGGUAGUCUUUUCACUUGGUAGCAGUUGUAUAGAACUUGUUAGAGAUGACAAGUGCGCAUUUAAAGUUAUGCCUUAACAUAUAGCACACUAGUGUGCUGUUUUAUUUGCAAAAUAGUCUACCUAAUUCUUCUAUUUUUAAUUAAAUGAUUAAGGUACAAUUUGCUGUUUGAAACCUGACAAUUUUGUAAUCCUUACAAUUUGAUGGCAGUGUGCUCAGUUGUCUACCGUGUCUUUUUUAGCCACAUGGAAGUAUGUAUAUAGGGACCACAAUACUUGAAUGAUUGAAAGUUGUUUAAAAGUUUCAGUCAUACAAUUGAAUCAUCUGUUUCAGGAUUGUUGCUCAUAGUGUUCACUGUUGCUCACACUGGGAGAGAAAAUAGCCUGUUGAGUAUUUUUAUGGGAUGUUUUUGUAACGCUCACGAUACGAGUGAUGCCCUGAUCUCAUUUGCCAUUGUACCAGCAGGCUAGGUCCCGUUUAACAUGAUCCUGGCAACUUACCAAUUGGCAGUCAAGUCACAGCUGCUUCAGCCACCAGAGCUCUGUAAGCAGAUUUAAUUUAUAUUGCGAAAUAUCAUUGACAGGUUUGAGGGGUUUUUUCAGCUAUGAAUUUCUACACUAAGCAUAUUUUGACUGCUACUAAAACAAUAAAACCUCUGGGAUAUGCUUUUAUAGUACUUUGGGGUUUGGCUAUUAAAUAUUCCAGCCAUUUCAUUAACUUUGCAACACCUUAAGAAAAGCUUUAUUUUGAGUGGCUUCCAGGUGUAAUCCCACAAGCAUGAGUUGUUUUCUUUGGAGGCAUAGCUGAAAUACUGUAAAACUGGUAAGAGCAGACCUAUAGAAUUUCUGUAUCUACUGUUGUACCACCGAGAUAAGCAAAAUGCAGAUGCUGCUCUCUGCUGGAGACAGUGAGGGUAUUCUAAAGAGUUCACACUGACUGAGCCCUUCCUUCACCAUGCUUUUAGGCCACAUACAGAAUGGUCUGAAGCAGAGAAAGUGGGAGAUUACCUUUUCUUUUCAAUGUUACCAAAAUACCUGCACAAACUGCAUGUUUUGAUAUAUUGGAUAAUGACAUGUAAUUGUAAAAACAUUCUGUCUUCAGUGCUAUUUUGAAUUAAUCUUGUCUGGUUACAGUAGUUAGCAUCGUUUAGUGGUGACCUUACACUUGACUGACAUCCAUUGAUUACUACAGUAGGUUGUAGGAGUUCCUGGGAUAUCAGUAGUAUGCGUCUCCACUUAAGGACUUCAAGUUCCUUCGUGAUUUUUGUAACUAAACCAGAAUGGUGGUUUUGCACUGCACCCUGUGUGAUUUUGAACAGCAGCGGCUGUCCGGUCCGUAGCACCUGAAGCUCGCAGGACACUCAGGCUUCCCGGGGGCCUGUUGAGAACUUCCUCCCCCUGACCUCUGUGCGUCUGUUGGGGUUCGCAGGAGUUCCCCUGGGUGCUUCUGGAGCACCUCCUGACAUUUGAACUGCAGUGUGUUAAAUUGUGUCUCCUGUGGUGGAAGAACUGGUGCAUGCUGCUUGUGCAGAGUGCAUCCCGUGCUGUGUUUGGGAGCUGGGGUAUUGGUGCCCAGAAGGGUGAGAUGUUUUCCCAUCCUCACCCUGUUGCUGUGGAGACAUGGAAUGCCUGUGGCUGCCAUGCAGGAGCUGUGUCCUGUGCCCACUGAAGUACAGCUUUCCCAGCUGCUCCUUUGGGCAGCUCCAGAUCUCUGGCUGAGAGCUGCAGCGUAUGUUGUGGUGUGAAAACCUAUGUUUCCCGCCUGUAAAGGGAAGCUGAGACAGUAUUUGCUGACCUCAGGGGGGUGUUAGGGUAACUGUGCAAAGGCUGAGGUGCUAGAUGCCUUUUUUUAGAAUCCUGAUUUAAGCUUCCUUUUUUAAAAAAAAACAUUUUGGAUGUUAUUCCUCUUUGAUGUUUGAUUGUGAUUCAUUAAAGGAUGAGUCUAGCUACUCCUAAUAGAAACCAAAA